AUGGAACAGUUUAUUUUUGUUGAUCAAGAGACUGGGGAGAGUCUCUUCUCACCUGUUCACGAGGAUUUAAUUAGUGAGGGACUUAUGCAUUCCAUUAAUGAUGCGGAAACAGGAGAGCCAGAAAUUAGUGUCGGGGCAAGGAAUAUGCGGAGAAGAGUUCCCUUUCAAAUCCCAAGGAAGAUCAAGGAGGAAUUAUCAUCAAAAGAAAAUGCCAAGAAUAAAAAACAAGGUCUUGUGGAUCCACCACCAGAAGGUACAUCCUUCGCGCAGACAAAUCCCAUUUUUCUCUUUCUCCCCGCAAUAUUCUACUGCAGAUGGUUUGCACUUGGCCUCAUGGUCUUUGAAGUGUUAUUCCACCGAUGGACACAUCACAAGAACAAAUUUUUGAAAGACUCUGACGUGGAAUUUCGAUCGCCUUUUUAUGGAAUUACUUCGGAAUUUUGCGCACUAUGUCAGCACGAGACGCGAAUGAAUAAAGUCGGUAAGAUGCAGCAGAUAAGAAUGUACAAAUUUUUUAAACAGUGUAAUUACAUGAAGAGAGCUGUCACAUGAAUUCAAUAAUUAUUAAAAUUUUUUAUAGCUGCUUUCAGUCGAUAUGUGCGCGAUGUUAUUGACAGAUAAUUUUGUGUAGAGUCGAGAAAAUAAAGAGAAUAUUUCAUGGAAAUAUAA